AUGGCGGCUAGGACACUUCUCGUCGUGUUGGCAUUAGUGGUGAUCUGCAAACAAGGUCAAGGUUCAACUAUUCCAACAGCAUCAGCUGAAGUCGCGGUUCCUGAUGACUGUUCAAACCCCCUUGGGAUGGAGAGCGGCGACAUUCCUAACGACCACAUAACGGCAUCUACAGAAGAUGUUGGAUACGAGGCUUGGAGAGGCCGUUUGAAUAAUACCAACAAGGCGUGGCAGACAAACACCGUAGAUACAGACCAGUGGCUCCAGAUCGACCUUGGAGGUCAGAAGGUCAUCACAGGCGUCCAAACACAAGGUCUGUGGGGAGGGCACACCAAGUCUUACAAACUGUUGUAUUCUGACGAUCAGCAAACAUGGAAGGUAUAUGGCGACGAUGGGGGCCAGAUCUUUACAGGUAAUACUGACGGACCCACAGUAGUGGAACAAACCCUGCCGACUCCAGUCCGGACACGGUACAUCAGGAUAAACCCACAGACAUGGCAAGGCAACACGUACAUUCGCCUGAGGACAGAGAUACUUGGAUGUGAUGUGCCAGCAGCAGACUACUGCAGUCCUAACCCAUGUGACCACGGUACAUGUGUGGCUGAAUCAGGCGGUUAUAACUGUACCUGUGAGGACGGCUGGGAGGGAGUCAACUGUAAUAACAACACAGACGACUGCAGUCCAGACCCCUGUACACACGGCACCUGUACAGACGGUGUAGCGAGCUACAUUUGUAGCUGUCAGAACGGCUGGGAAGGAGACAACUGUGAUCAAAGUGAGUGA